AUGGAAGACGAGAAGACCAAAUACUCAAGCAGCAUUUUGACUUCCAAGAAACCCUUUGAGGUGACCGAAAUUACAAAAAUUCGGCUUUCUCAUGCAAAAUUCAUAAAUAGGGAAUUCUAUGUUUUAUUCAAAGAACUAUCCGACUUACGAAAGAAUUAUAUUCAGCAACUCCGUAAGAUAAUUGUCGUCAAUGAAAAUUUGGAUAAGCUAAUUUAUAAUGAGAGCCUUCAAAAUCAUCUACUUUCGGAGUCCGAAUUGGCUAGAAUGGAAUUUGAUUGGCUGGGGGGCUUGAGAGAGGUGUGGUCUAAUGUAAUAGAAGGUUUAAAGGUUGAUAUGCAGUCCAAAAUUAAGGAAUAUAAGGUUUUGGACAGGGAGAUUCUUGUUAGCCUAGAUGAACAGAACAAUAGUGAUGCGAACUGGCAGGAAGCGACUAACUUGAGUAAGGAAUUGAGUAAAGUUGCCCAAGAUCUUGCUCUUUCUAGAGGUUCUCAAGAGGAUAUAGCUAAAGCAGAGAUAAAAUGGGCAGAAAAGGCGCCUUAUUUGUUGGAGAAACUAGAACUGACGGACGAGAAUAGGUUGGCAAUGUUGAAAAACUCCAUUUUGCAGUAUCAGAACAUUAUCAGCGAUUCUUAUCAGUCAGCGUUGCACGAAAACGAGAACAUCAUGAAUUCUCUACUGGAAUUUAAUCCAAAUGAAGAGAUAGAUAGGUUCGGUUCUGCUGUUAUGGAUCACGAAUUUACUUUUGAUCCUCCUUCUAAGGACAGUAAAGAGAGUUUUAUUCUGUCACGGAAAAAGUCAUUUCAAUUUAGUAGUUUUGGCGAGUCAAAUUCGCGUCAGGCUUCAAUAAACAGUACAAUGAAGAAUUCCAUACUAACAGGAAAUUUCUUUGACUCUGCUUCAAAUUCACCCCACAGGAAGAGGAAUAAGCUGAGGUCUAAAGUUGGUUCAAUAUUUGGUGUGAGGAAAAACAGCAAGUCUGCGACACCGCAUGAUGAAGUUAUACAUGAAAUUGAUUUAUCCUCAACAAAUAGCCCGGCUCAAGUUACUGUUAAUUCGGCCCCUGUUCCUGAACCAAAACACCAAUCAAUGAGUGAUAGGCAAUCUGAAAAGCAAUCUCAGCCUCAGCCUGAGACAGGUAAAGAAGAGACCCAACCGGAAAGGGUUAUAAAACCUUUGUCUAAUAGUAGCACAAAUAUGUCCAUAUACCAGACGCCAUUGAAACCGCAAUUGAGGUCCAAACAUUCUUCAGAGCAGCCUGAAAUGAUACCUGAACGUUCACCACAGAAAACUGAGGGAGUAGUUUCUGGUCAAGCUGAUUUAGGUAAACAAACGUAUGGUGAGCAUCCACAGCCUUCCGCACCGUCCGUGAAGAAUAAGGGCUCGGACUAUCAUAUUAAGUUACCGCCACCUAGGAAAACUGCAUCCCAAACCCAGAAACCUGUUCAACCGUCUUCCGGGAUUGAAGAAGACGUAAUUGCUAAUGAUGGCGAUCAAAUGAAAAGCUCACAGGCCUCCAGUGACGAAAACAAGGGAAGGCGUGAUGUUCAAUCUAGUCUCUUUCACAAUAUGCCUUCUGCUACUACAAUUAAUUCUUCUCAGGCGCUGCACACAGCGCAACUUUCCGCAGAUUCUAAAUCAUAUGAGAAGCAACAUGUUGACUCAUCUCUGAACAUGAGCAGUCUGCCAAGCCAGUCAAUUUUCCAGCACACUGAAUUGAACGGGAAUGGUUUAACCGCCAGCAUUGGUGAGAUUGUUAACGCAAAGUUUAAAGACGGUAUUUUAACAUCUAGCCAUUUACUUGGUGAAGUGGCGUUGAAUUACAGUCUUCCCGAGGGAUCUGAUGAUGAACUACCUCUAGAAAUUCAUUUAAAGAUGGAAUCCGAGACUCCAUUCGAUAAAUUAACUGUCAACAAUUCCUUCAUGGAAAGGACACUGGACAAUACCAACUUCAUUUAUAAGUUGAACCCACAAUACGUGUUCCGGAGGACAUUAGGCGCUUUGAAGUAUUCAUUGAAAACAUCACUCGUUCCUAUUGUAAUACAUCCAGCAUGGAAGUUCGAGGAAACGCAGGCUAGUGUGAUGUUGACAAUCAAGAUUUUUUCUGGGCUCCCUGCAACUGUUAAAGAAUUAGUAUUGCACAACCUAAUUGUGUCUGUUGCUAUAGAGAAUGCUGUUGCUACAAGCGCAUUGUCAAAACCACAAGGGUCAUUUAGUAAAGAAAAGAAGCGUGUUACGUGGAGAUUUAAAGAACCCGUUGUUCUAAGGCGUGAUACAGAAGAAAGGCUAAUAGCGAGAUUCAUAACGGAAAGUCUUGCAAAAGAAUCUGCUAAAGGGGUGCAAACAAGGUUUACAAUUCGUGGUUUCCAAUUAGCCGGCGAAUUCUCCCUAAAAAGUCAGGAACUGAGCGUUGAUGACCCAUUUGGUGCAGCAGUCGAGGGAUCCUGGAAUACAGUACCUGUUCGCCGAACCCUUAUUUCUGGGGCGUAUUAUGGGUUAUCUGUAUGA